AUGCACAAACCUACUCUUGCUCAGAUUGUGCAUCGAGCAACAUUUCCGCGUCAGCGUUCUAGCGAUCCAGCAACAUUCGCUGCCCAUAUUGCUCUCAACCUGGUCCCUGAAGUUCGCAUAGAAACGUCGACCUUCUAUGGAUCGCUAGAUUGCGUUGAAGCUCAAUAUCCGGGUCUUGACUAUUCCUAUGGCCCACACCGCAUGAGACUGAGCCGGUUUCCUUGGCACCACAAGUUAUUCAAAGUCUUCGAUGAACUUCGUUUAUCAGAGGAGGAAAUAGGCUCCUUAUGUCGCUGGGAGGGCACCAAGUCCGCACGCCAGCGCUACGAGAAGGAGGAGCGUGUGAAAGUACGAGAUACAACCGCCGAUGCAAUUCGACCCGCAUCGCCUUCGCCGCUUCCUUCUGUCAUAAUUCAUUGUGAGGACGGCCCGGAGCCUGUCCGAGAGUCGGAAGAUAAGACAGCCACAUGCGAGAAAGUGGAUAUCAUGAGCGAUAGAAUUGAUGAUCGGGGGGUUGACUGCGAGUUGCAGCAUAGACAAGGGGAAGAGUCAAGCGACGACGAAAUAGAAAGCUGUGGAGUGGAACUAAACCAUCGUCUUCUUGCUGCAACUGCCGCACGAGAACGAGGGGCCAACGUACCAUUGGAUGCGGACUGGGAGCAGUGGCUCAAGGAGGCCGGCGAGCGUGGGAGCUACACAGACGUCCUCAAUGCAAUCCGACGAGGCCAACCGUUGAAUUAUUUGUACGACAUCCCUGCCUCCAUGCCUCAUACACGCACAGCUUCCCUUCGACAGCCUGCCUCGUUCCCUGAGCCAUUCCUCCUGCCCACGUCCAAAUUUGACACUCAGGAAGGGCCCAAGGUCGUUCACCAAGUCCCCGAUGGAGCGAUUGUCCCUUCCACCACCGCCCCCGCACAACCAGUUUUCCUAACCUUCUCCGACAUAUCGUUCUUCGUGAUCCCUCGCCAGGAGCUCUGUGGAAACCUGAUUCAAGUGUGCACGAAUGGAUAUCGUAUCCUAGGCUAUCCUAUUUGCAUGAAGUCUCCCCGGUACGACCGCAAUGAAUUUAUCUUCAAUUUCUGUCUGGUGCUGGCGGAGGAAGAAGACUUCAGCAGCUAUAAGAGCGUUGUCCAAAAGCUGGCAGAUUUGAUGCAUGGACUGGAAGAACAGAGCGGGUUCUUGUCCAGGGACCACUCCAAGAGUGGUGAGGGAAAGGUAUAUAGCUUGUGUGAGACGCUGAUGGAGGACUUGAAUAACUAUUGCGAGUGCAUGAUUCCCAUUGAUGAACUCAACACUUUGAAUAUCAAGCUUUUCCCCGUUUAUCCCACCCCUCCGUCCGUCCGCGCCUGGCAGGUGCCUUUAUUCACAGUACGUUAUCAAGCCUUCAUGGAUGAGAACUGGGAUCUGACAAUGCAACGUAUCGUCCCACAUAUCAAUGGCGUCAAUAGCAUUCGAAUCAUCUCCGCCCUGGCCGACUCGGAUUUCUCACUCACUUGCCGGGCGAUCCGACAUCUUCUCUAUUACGGCUGUCUGUUUCUCCUCGAUAUCUUUUCAUUCUCUGCCAUUUACGCCCCCACGGCGCUAUUCAGUUCUACCAUUGCUGCCGAUGAAGCGAUGCAGCAAGAAUGCGCUCGUUAUGUCAAUACGCUCUCUGCCUCCCCAACGACUGCAUCUACUGCUCUCUCCCCAACCGCUUCUGCCAUUUUCCCUUCUCAUUUUGAUAAAAACGAUUAUGUCUGGCCCCCCGUCGGGGACUUGAAUCCCGGCACCGGUAUCAAUGACAUCGCAGCCAACACAACGGGAAGCCUCAGUUCUGCCCCAAGCCCCAGCCCAGCUACUACCAACAAUAUGAUACCUCCCGUUGGCAGCACCGGAACUGCUUCCAUGGAACACUCCUAUACUGAACGGGACGUAGUUGACGGCGUAGGUAUCGUGGAGUUGUACGCCAGUCUGAAGCAAGGCCAGAGCGUCAAGCAAUGGUACAUACAACAUAGCCGUCAACUCACUCACAUUGAUAUCCGCCGCUUUAUCACAUUCGGUAUUAUCAAAGGAUUUCUUUACCGUGUGCACAAAUACGCCAUUGCAACUGGUAUGCCUGCUCCACAGCUGAAGUCAGGUGCUACAACACCGCGUUCCCACCACCGGCUGUCUAUCCCCAGUGUAGCCUCGUCCAGGGGCUCGGGGACCCGGGCUAAUAGCCCCUAUGCAUCAAGUGCUGGUGAUGAGCCUGCGCCAAUUGCGCAGCAUCAGCAUCAGCAUCACCAGGAUGAAGACGAUGAUGAUUAUAUCGAUGAUAAGGUCUUGUCUAAGUAUUUGGACGGGAUGCACUGCUUUGAUCAGAUUUGUACGGAGUUGGAAAUAAGUGAGAAGGAGCUGACAACGAGAUUGAAACGGUAUCCGGGAGAGGUUUUGAUUAUACACCGCUAA